CCCGGAGCGCUUCGCCGUCGCUCUGGCGGCGAAAAAUAACUUCAAAGUGCCGAUGCAAAAGAAAUAUCUACGGCGUACGUGACGUGCGACGCUGGAUAUCCGGUCGCGUUCGACCGUGCGCGGGUGUGUUUGUGUGUGUGUGUUUGAGUGCGUGCCGAAGAUUAAAGCAAAAUAUUAAAAUAUACGGGCGAAGCACCUCGUCACCGCCUCUCGUUUUGUUUUUUUGCGCGCGUCGGCGUCGCCGUCCGGUUUAUUUUCGACGUCGCGAAGUUUCGUUUUUUUCUUUCUAAUUCUUUAAUUGCGUUACACUAGUGCCAUUAGUUACGCCACCACCCACGAAAUAUGAUCCGGCCCGCGGGGGCUGGUAAUAUUUUGACGUCAUCGUCGUCGAGCGAUUGAAACAUGUUUCCCGCGUGCAUCAGGGCACCGAGGAGCGUCCAGGGUUCCGCCGACGACAUCUCGAAACAGACCAAAUCUAUCGUCCAGAUAUACACCGACUGGGCGAACCACUACUUGGAGAAGGCGCGCAGCAAAAAGCGGGUCAACUCUUUGGCGGCGGACUGCAGCGACGGCGUCCUCCUCGCGGAAGUCAUCGAAUCUGUCACCCUCCAGAAAAUUGCCGACAUUAAUCGCAAACCCAAGUCGCCGUCGCAAAUGUUGGACAACAUCAACCUAUGCCUUGGCUCGUUGCGAGCGCAGCACGUCGCCGGCGUCGAGAGCGUCACGGCGCAAGAGUUGCGUGAUGGCAAACUGAAGGCGAUCCUCGCGCUCUUCUUCGCCCUCUCGCGGCACAAACAAGCGACUAAGGCGCGGGCGCAAGUGGAAAUGACACCGAACAGAUCGUCAGCGGUCCCGCACAAGGGCGGCAGUAGCAUUCCGCUUCCGGGGAGCGCGCUCCCCGCUCGGAGAUGUCCCCCCGACAAGGUCAGGCCGGUGGCGGGGUCGUCGAGGGCCACCAGCCCCGCCCUUUCGAUGAUACCGAGGGCGCCGCCCGCAGUCGCCGCCGCCCAAAUCGCCAGCCCCUACCAGACGGUGAUGGCCAACGGCGCCGCUAACCAGCAACAGCAACAGAAGAACGCCAACUCCGUGCUGGACAAGCUCAAGCUGUUUAAGAACCACGAGAAGACUGCGGUGUCGUCGUCCGGCAAACGGACCAGCAGCUCCAGCGGCGUGUCUUCGGCCAAAAGCGAACGAAGCGACAGCAGCCUGAGCCUGGAGCCUCCGACGGACGCGAAGCAGCAGGGACGAAACGCGCCCCGACCAAAACCCGCCGCCGCGACGACGACCAGGUCGUCGGCCGGUCCGAGGGCAACUGCGACGACGUCUUCGCGAAAGGACGCCAAGGUCAGCGCGCAGCAGAACUGUAAGACGGUUGCGGAAAUAGAGAAACACGCGACCAAGGCGUCGAGCAAGCUCGCCGAGCCCAAGGUGAGGGUUUCCGUCCUGAAGGACCCCAAGGCCGGACAACAGCAGGCCACUCCGGGCACGGGCAUUCCGAAACCGACGCUCGCGGUUAAAGGAACCACCAAGUCCGCGCCGAAGACGGACGCCAUCUCUAGGGAAAACUCCCAAAGCUCGAUGACGUACCAAAAGCCGGCGGUGGCGUUGGUGUCGCCCGUGAAGCCGGAAAAAGACCCCCCGCCGCCGCCACCGCCGCCGGCCCCCCCGGCUCCCCAAACACCCCUGGAGACCGUCAAGGAGGGACGGGAGGAAACGUCGGAGGAGGAGGCGGGGCGAGCGCGUCCGACGACGAUAUCGAGCCACGUCAGGCGCACCAUCGCUAACUGCCUGGAGGAGCGUGGGGAGGGCUUCGUCGGUGUCGAACCCAUGCGGCCGCUGCUGCGCGGCUACUGCGGCGCGUUGACGCUGCCGUCUCGUCAGCGCCACCCUUAUCCGAGGGUGCAACCCGACGGCGGCGCCGACUACUGCGAGAUCGCCCUCAUCAACGGGUACCUGUCGGACGGCGACAUCCUGGGGCCCGGACCUCGCCUCGCCGACAUUAUCGCCGACGGGUACGUGUCGGAGGGCGGGGCCGCGCUGUACGCGGCGCGGAGUUUGCCGAACGCCGCCUCGCCCCAGCUAGUCAACGGGACCGGCCUCACGGUGUUGACCGAGCAAACCUCCAGAAGGGGCGGGGAGUCUGCGCGCGACUCGCCCCCGCCCCCGCCGGCUCCCCGUUCCGUCUCGAAAUCGUCGGCGUCGUCGAGAAACGGAAUCCCACAAGGCCCUGAGUCGAAACACGGCAGCAACGGCCAGCAAUGGAAGCGGUACACCGACUCGCCGGGGGUGGGAAGUCCGCCGCCGCCCGCGCCCGGCAGUCCCACCUCCGGCCGCAGGGAGAGGCGGGGCAGUCCGCACGGCGGCAAAGACAAGUCCGGCGGCAAGGGGGUGCGGGGCGUGCCCCAGAGUUUCGGUUACGUUAAGCGGAACGGCGCGACGAACACCAAUGGUACCGGGCCCCCGAUGCAAAUCGUGCAGAAUCACGCGGGGAAGACCGCUUCCGUAUCGGCGGUGCCCAGGACCAAGGUUAAAGUCUCGGGCGGCACCCAAACUUGCUCGAGCGAUCUCCAGCAGUCCCACAAGUCGAGCCCGCCCCAAUUCAAGAGUUACUCGCUGACGGGCGGCACCGCCAAUCAACUCUCGCAGUCGGUACGGGAACGGCUGAUGCUCGGCUCGCAGAGCCUGCCCAAGGAGGCGGGACAGGGCUACGGGCUCGUCAUGCGGCAGAUGCGGCCCAAGGUGAGCGACGGUUCCCUCAGCGACACGCAAGCGAUCGAGAACACCAGCCCAUACGCCGCCCCCUGGCUCCGCCACAGUAACACGUACUCAGUGGCGCCCCGCCUCUCCGAAACGGACAGCAUGGAGAGUCUGAGCAGCUUGCCGGGACACCGGAGCAGCUUGACGCACGCGCGUCUCCUACGGGACUCGCCGUCGCGUCUCAGCAGGAGCAACAGUAUCAGCCAUCUCCGAGACCACCGGACGUUUCCCAGAUCCACCAAGUCGGAGAAGUUGUACCCGUCGAUGCUUCACCGCAACACGGAACCCGAAAUUGAGCCCUACUAUUGCCUACCGGUCGGAAGCCUGAGCCACUGGUCGCAGCCGACCAGUCCCGCCCCCGGCACCGCGAGGACUUUCCCGCUGUCGCCGACCCACUCCGCCGCCGUCCCGCGGCCCAAAAACGACGACGUACAUGGCUCGUCGAUCAGCCUCGUGUCGACCGCCUCCAGCCUGUACUCGUCGGCGGAGGAGAAGCAGGCUCACGAGAUCAGGAAGCUGCGCCGCGAGCUAACCGAGGCGCAGGAGAAGGUUCAUACACUCACGUCGCAACUCAGCACCAACGCGCACGUGGUGGCCGCGUUCGAGCAAAGCCUGACGUCGAUGACGCAGCGGCUGCAACACCUCACCUCCACGUCCGAGAAAAAGGAUAGCGAACUGCAGGAGUUGCGGGCGGCCAUGGAGGCGCUGCGCGCGCAGUCGAUCCAGGCGGGGAUCGGGAGCGGCCUCGCGCGGCAACCCUCGUCGGACAGCGUGUCUAGCCUCUCUUCCGCCUGUUCGCUGGACAAACAGGACAAGAAGAAAAAAAAAGGCUGGCUGCGCAGCUCGUUUACCAAGGCGUUCUCGCGCAACGCCAAGGUCACCAAGGUACAGCCGAGCCACGGAGAAGACGGCGAGCAACGGCACAGUCCGCCGCCGCCGCCGCAGCCCGCGCCCAUCGACCACGGCCAGGAGGUGGCCGAACUGCAGAAACAGCUACGCGAAAAGGACCUGGUGCUGACCGAUAUCCGAUUGGAGGCGCUCAGCUCCGCGCACCAACUCGAGAGUCUCAAGGAUACCGUGAUGAAGAUGCGCAGCGAAAUGCUCAGUCUGAAGCAGAACAACGAGCGGCUGCAGCGCAUGGUGAGCGGCGGCGCCGUGUCGACUACGACCACGUCGACGACGACGUCCGAGUUAUCGGUGGAAGCCCGCGCGAGCGGCAGUCUCGACGCGCUCAGCGAUCUGCUACCGAACGAGGAGGCGGUCGCGCCCGACGCCGAGACGGACGGCAAACGGAUCGCCAUUUCCGUCUACCUGGGGCAACCGCACGGCUUCGACAGAUACUUCGCGGAACGGUACGGUCACGAGUCCGGCGCGGCGAAGGGGAACCACGCGUCGUCGACCGAGAUCGCAGUCGCGUACACGACCAUCGGGGCGGCGACGUCGUGGCCGCAGCUGGACAACGCUGUCAGACGCGCCUUCAAGCAGUACGUCGCGAGGCUCGAUCCCGGGGGCGGCCUGGGCCUCGGCAGCGACUCGAUCGCGAGCUACAAGCUGGGCGAGGCGGAACGCAAGCCGGAGACGGGGCCGCCGGACCUGCUACCCGUCGGCUACGCCGUAGGACGGGUGAGCACCGUCCACGUGGUCCUACAGCCGGUGGCCGCGCUCGCGUUCGAAGCCCUCAUCCCGAAAGGCGUGGCGCAGCGAUUGGUCUCGCUGCUCGCCGAGCAUCGACGGCUCGUGCUGUGCGGAGCGCCGGGUACCGGCAAGACACACCUGGCCACCCGACUCGCCGAGUUCCACGCGCAGAGUCAAGGUCGCGACCCCGCCGAAGCGGUCGCCACGUUCAACGUCGACAACAAGUCCGCCAAGGAGCUGCGCCAGUACCUGCAGCACCUCUCGGAACAGGCAGCCGCCGGGGACACCGGCGUGUUGCCUUGCGUCGUCGUGCUGGACAACCUGCACAAGGCGGGCCCGUUGGCCGACGCGCUCGGCUCGCUGCCCCGCACGUUGCCCUGCCUCCUGGGCACCAUGGCGCAGUCGGCCUGCUCCGCGACCAGUCUGCAGCUGCAGCACGGCUUCAGGUGGGUGCUGGUGGCGCCCCACAUGGAACCGGCCCGGGGUCUGUUGGGCCGCGUCCUCAGACGCCGUCUCGCCGCGCUCGAGCUCGAGCAGGGCCCGCAGCCCGAACUCGCGGCCAUCUUGGGAUGGUUGCCGCGCGUCUGGCAGCACCUCAACGCGUUCCUGGAGACGCACAGCAGCGGCGACGUGGCCAUCGGGCCGCGCCUCUUCUUGGGCUGUCCGCUCGAGUUGGACGCGGCGCGCGCCUGGUUCGCGGACGUGUGGAACUACUCGUUGGCGCCGUACCUGCGGGAGGCGGCGCGCGAAGGUCUGCAGCUGUACGGGAGACGCGCCGCGUGGACCGACCCCGCCCAAUUCGUGCUGGAGACGUACCCGUGGCCGGGGGCGCCGCCCCAGGGCCUCACCACGAUAUCCGCGCGGGACGUCGGCUUGGAGAACGGGUCGGCGACGCACGCGGAAAACGACGGCGACCCGCUGCUCAACAUGCUGAUGCGGCUGCAGGAGGCGGCCAACUACUCGAGUCCCCCGCACUCGAACGAUUCCGACUGCAACAGCGUCGAGUCUAACGCGACGCGCGGCAGCAACGCGGGCGGCGUCGACGGCGCGUCGUAGUCUCGCGCCUCCACCAAGUGUGCUUAAAUUUCUAUUUCUGCCCCGCCGACCCCACCGCCGCGGGUAACGGCGUAAAUAUAUAUAUUUUGGGAAAUAUAUACCGAGCUUUUUUUUUCAUCGCGCGUGUAGGACGUUUGUACAUUUUGCGUGGAAAUUGUUUAGCGAGUGUCUCUGGUCAAAAUGACGUGUAUUUAUUUCUUUUCGGCGAAAACGCAAUAAUAUACGCCUCACUCUUUGUUUAUGUAUGUACCAUAUUAACCCCAUUGAAAGUGUUUCAUAACUUUUUUAUACGAGAUGUAUUAUAAAAACUGCCAAUAAAUUAUUUAAUAAC